GGGGUUGGGCUCAGUCAGGUUUCUGUCCAGCCCAGUCUGCUCUUCACCAUGGAGCAGCAGCAAGCCAGUCCUGUAGCCCCAUGUACCAGCCCUGGGGCAAAAGGGGAGAUGGUAGUCAAGCCGGCAGGCUCUGAAGGCUUGCUCGGGAGGUUCUUCCAGCAGGCUGCUCAGCUGGGACUUGGCAGGUCCCUGCUCCAGCUCCUGCAGAAGAUGUUUGCCUGGGCUGGAUUCUCGAUCCCUGUGGAGACCAUUGGGAGCGGAGACCCUCCUGCCUCCUCUCCCAGCAGACCAGUGCGGCAUGCCAAGAAGCGUCUUGGGAGAUUGGCCUGCUUCCUGUUCGCCAUCGUGCCCUGCAGGCUCCAGAACGCCCUUGGCUACCUGCCCCCGGGCAGCUUGGGUCAGAGCGAUAUUCCCGAGGAAAUCCGAAAAACUCCAGUCAAGCCAUGUGGCAAAGGAAGCAAGAGAAAACAAGACGAUGUAGCUCUAGAAGACCAACAGUCCUGGGUGGAGGUGUUACAGGAAGAGCUGCCAGAGCAGGAUGACCCCAACGAUGCUACCUACGAGAGCUGGCCGCCUUCCCUUUUCCAGCCAAGCAAAUCUGAGACUGACAGUGAGGAAUACAGGUCCCAAAACGAAACGGAGACGGACCUGGAGUUCGAGGAGCAGGAUGGGGUUGUCGUGCUGAAGGAAUCUCCCAAUCCACAGGUGAAUCGGAAAGGAGAGAACGUGCAGGCCACAGCGACCGGUGGGGAUGUCCCAGAGAAGCCAGCUAUGCCAACCCAUGGGGAGGAGGCCUCUGAGAAGCAGGCUGUUGCUAAUGGUGGUGAUGAGGUUGCCCAGGAGCAACAGGCUGCAGCAAGCAGUGGUGGCAGCUGUGCUCAAGAGCAGUGGGCUCACGCAAGUGGUUACAGUGACAGUCAAGAGCAGUGGGUUGAACUGAGCGGAUAAAUGGGAUGACUGCUCCCGGCCCACACCACUGUCCCCUGCUGUGGUUGUGAUGCUGAAUGCUCUUCUGGCUAAUUCUGCCCACUCGGUCCUGGAUGAACCUUCUGACAAACUCCACGUUCGUAUUUUGAAAUUGUUAUAAUAAAAUAUUUUUCAUGUGAA